AUGACACUCUUUACCUGCAUUGGAUCUUGUAGAGCAGAAUAUGGAAUAAGAAUAAGCUUACCUACCAGUAAAACUAAGUCAUGUAACUCUGAUAUUGGGGGCAGCAUAUCUACCCCCAAUGGAACCAGCCCAACUUCCAGUGAGACCAGCAUAGUCACCAGCACUAUGUCCAGCAAGACUUCUGGUGGGGCCAGCACAACUACCAACUCUGCAUCCAGCACGACCCCCAGUGGGGCCAGCACAGGCACCAACUCUUUGUCCAGCACGACCCCCAGUGGGGUCAGCACAGGCGUCAACUCUGCGUCCAGCAUGACCCCCAGUGGGACCAGCACAGGCAUCAACUCUGAGUCCAGCAUGAACCCCAGUGGGGCCAGCACAGGCACCAACUCUUUGUCCAGCAUGACCCCCACUGGAGCCAGCACAGGCAUCAACUCUGCGUCCAGCAUGGCCCUCAGUGGGGCCAGCACAGGCAUCAAUUCUGGGUUUAGCACAACCCCCGGUGGAGCCGGCACAGGCAGCAACUCUGUGUCCAGCACGACCCCCAGUGGGGCCAGCACAGGCACCAACUCUGAGUCUAGCAUGACUCCCAGUGGGGCCAACACAGGCACCAACUCAGGGACUAGAAUGACUUCCAGUGGGGCCAGCACAACUGCCAACACAUGGUCCAGCAUGACCCCCGGCGACUCUGACACAACUGCUCAUACUGGAAUGUCCACAACUUCCAACAAAAUUAGCACAAGUGCUGCUAUUCUAGUGAGUGAGACAAAGCCUAAUGGGUCUCUGAAGCCAUGGGAAAUCUUUCUGAUCACCUUGGUCUGCGUUGUAGUGGCCGUGGGGCUCUUUGCUGGGCUCUUCUUCUGUGUGAGAAACAGCCUGUCCCUGAGAAAUAUCUUUGACACAACUGUCUACCGCACCCAUGGCCCGAACCUUGGCCUCAGCCCGGGCCCUCGAGGAAAUCAUGGAGUCCCCCACAGGUCUAGUUGGAGCUCUAACUGGCUCUGGAGAAGACCAGUAUCCUCAGUAGCCAUGGAGAUGAGUGGGAGAUACAACGGUCCCUGA